CAAUUGAACUAUUUUUUGUUUUUAAAUAAUUUUAAUGCUUCGAUUGAAUCUUCUUCAAUGAACAGCUGAUUGCAGAGUUUUAGAAGUUAUCAAAUUUAAAGAGGCGUGGCAACAAACAAUGAAUGUUUGAAAUGUUAGGAAUGUUUACACUUCGAUGAUUUAUUUCCAUUUCUUCUUAUCUUUAUAAUUUUUCUUGCCUACGUAUUUAUGUACUGAUAUUAACAUUUUCCCCAAGGAUUUUCAACAGAGGCAGAGAAUACUGCUUAAUAAUAAAACCCACUUCAUUGCGUAGGUACUGCUUGUGAUUUAAGCUUGUAGAACUUACAUUUGAAAAUAUACUUGAGGUUUCCAGCUUUAAAAGACUGAAAAUAAUUUUUGUAUCACUGACAAAUAUAAAGAGUUAUUUGGUUUAUCUGAUACAAUGAGUUAUACAUAUUGCUUUAUGGAAAUGAAAUUAUGAAAUGGGAAAAAGGCCAUUUUUUGUUAAAAUAUAUGAAGAUGUUUGCUAAAUGAAAUAUGAUUGUAUUGAUUGAAACAGUUAUUUUAGUGGCAUAUAUUUUACAAUAUGCAUGAUGGAAAUUACUGCAAAAUCUGUUCUUAAAAAAUCUAAUUCAUCAAGCACGAGCUUAAAAAAGGUUUCUUUUUCUGAUACAGUAAAGCUUUACAUCGAUGAUCCGAGUAAAAUAUCAAAUUUUGAAAAUGAAGUUGCAAAAAUGAAGUGGGUUGAAAUUAGUAUAGUUGAUAAAUCCUAUGAUGUACCUUUUUUAGAUUCCUCUUAUGAGGAUUGCAAAGUAUCUGAUUUUUUAGUUCAUAAAGUGGUUUAUGAUGGUAUUUUACCUGAAGAUGAUAAUGAACUAGAAAUCCAAAAUGAAGACAUAGAACCAGAAUGUUUUGUGUUUGAGUCCCCUGCUGAUGAAGGCUUGGAAUUCGUUGUACACAAAGUUACUGAACAUGAAGAUGAGAGUGCCUUAAAGGAAUUAGAAUUGGACAGUUUUGUUAGCGAGGAAGGGGAACAUGAAUCAACAUUUGAUGUUGAAGUGAACGGUGAUGUCAAAGGAUUAUCAGAAUUGAGUGUUAAAAACAUAUUGGAACAUGAUAAAAUCAUUGCAUUUAUUGACCAAAAAAGUUUAUGUCUUCCUUCAUUGCACAAUACACUUCAUAUUUUAGAAAAAAGCAACAAAACUGAGAGUAUUAAAAACAGUCCAAUUAAUUGUUCAACUGAGAAAAAUGCCAGAAUAGGUUUAUCUCCUCCAUUACAAGAACUUAGUUUAGAUAACAUUGUCAAGGCUCAUUCUGACAACAUUUUAGCUGAACUUGAUAUAAGUCCUUUAAAUUCUGUGCAAGAAACUGAUAGUGAUUCAGACCUUUCGUCAGAAGGCACCAUGAUAAUGAUGACCACUGAAGAAUGUGAAAGAAAUGAGCGCCACAUUCAAGAAAGUCUGUUAAAGUAUCAAUCUUUGAAAGAAAGGGAAUGCAAAACUACAUUGUCCUUAAAAGCAGAUAAUGUAAGCUCUAGUAUAUCUGUUAAUACACAUACAAUCUGUGAAAGUAUUAAUAGCCUGAGCUCUGAACUUGAAACCAGGCUAAGUUGUGGAUUAGAUUGCAAUGAUGAGGAGAGUCAUUCAUCUGAAAGCAAUGAUGUUGAUCAUCGGUUCUCUGUUACAGAUGAAGUUGAUAUUGAGUCUUCCCAGUUAUCAACUUGUUUAGAACAAUGCUCACUUGAUUCAAUGGCUGAACCACCUCCACCUAAAGACUGUCGUAGUUUAUCGCUGACAGAUAUGGAAGUGUUACAGUCUAUGUGUGAAAGUUCCAUUCUGCAUUGCUCAAAUAGUCCUAGAAAAGGCUGUGUUGGUAGCAACAUUGAUUUUUGGGAUAAAUCUCUUACAUCAGUAGAAAUCCCUAAAGAUGUUCGUGAGUGGAAAAUACUUCUGAAUUCUUUUGAGAAGAACUUCCAGAAUAGACUAAAUUACCAAAAUGAGAGCAAAUUACAGUUUGAAGAACACUCUUCUGCAGAGAAAGAAGUUUUUUGUGAUGAAAGUGACUCUUCAGAUUCCCAAAGCAGUUUAAGCCAAAUAAAUAACCAACACUGUGAUGAGUUAGAACAAUUUGUGAAUCAAAACACAGAAAGGGUUGAACGUAUCCGAAAAAGAUACUUACCAAAAAAUAAAAAUCAUACUUUCCAAUAUACCCCUAAUAGGGGAACGCGUCCUCAGUUUGGUUCCACGGCACAAAUUCUGCAUUUAAUGCAGAAGCAAAACAACCCUCCAUUUUACACCUACAGUGGGACAAAAAACCACAUGUCCUGGCCAUGUGAUGACCUUACAAGUGAUUCUGAGCUUGAGAAAAAUGUGAAAUUCAGACAUUCCCCUCAUGUGUAUGUUAGUCAAAGUCUUUCCAGUGAUUGUUCCUCACAGUCUUCUUUUGAUAGUGAUGAACAUAUUAAUUCUUUAAAUGGUGAUCAUUUAUCAAUAUCUUCUUGUUCUUCUCUCUUAAUGCAAGAGAGAGGAAGGCCAGAAGGUGCAAGCCCACCCAAACCAGGUGUGAAUGAUAGUUUUGAACAUUCGUAUGAUGAAGCACCUGAUGGUUAUGUUUAUUAUUCUAUGAAAGUUUAAAUUAAACUUUUUAUUCAUUAAGCUUUUUUUUUAUUAAAAAAUCAGAAAAAUUGGUUAAAAUUCUUUAUUUUAAGCAUAUAAUUUCUUUGAUAAAAUUUUACAUUGUAUUAAUGUAAUUAAAUGCAGGUUUUAAACAGUUGCUGCUCAGUUUGCUGGAAUGCGUCAAAAUUAGCAAAUUUUGGAAAGGCAAAAUUCCUGUGCAAUUAAUUUUAGGAAAAAUUGACAAACCUUAUUAUUAAGGUAAUAAUGCUAAUAAAAAACAAAUGUUUAUCAUAAUUGCUGCCUAUAAAAAUCUUCAACAUAAAAUAACAAA